AUGGAGGACCGGAGUGGAAACGGAGGCCACGGAGGAAGGGAUGACCGAGGAAGACCGGAGGGACCGGAGGACCGGAGGAGGGAUGAGGACCGGAAGGGACCGGAGACGAGCAGGAACAAUGGAGGACCGGAGCCGGAAUGGAACGAGGGAGUGGAGCCGGAGGAAGAGGGACCGGAGGACCGGAGUGGACCGGAAAUGGACCGACGGACCGAGGACGGACCGGAAGGACCGGAGCCGGAGGAGGAAUGGAGGAGUGACCGGAGGACCGGAGUGGACGGAAGAUGGAAAGGCCGAGGAAAUCGGACGGAAGGGACCGGAGGACCGGAGGAACCGGAGGCCGGAGUGGAAGGGAAGAGGACCGGAAGGAAGGAGGAGGAACGAGAGGAAGGACCGGUUGAGGAGGCUAGGAGUGAGGACCGGAGGAGAGGACCGGAGGAAAGUGGAGGAAAGGAAAUGGAGGAAACGGACGAGGAGGAGGAAGGGAAUGUGGAGGAAGAGUGGGAGGAGUGGAGUGGAGGAAAUGAGGAAGGACCGGAGGGGUUAGACUGGGCCGGAGGAGUGGAGGAAGGAAGUGGAAGGAGGACCGGAAAAGGAAGAGGAAGGAGAGAAUGGACCGGACUCGGAGUGGAAGGAGGAGGAGUGGGGAGGACCGGAAGUGGAGGAGGAAGGAGGAAGGAGGACUGGGCGGAGUGGAAGGAGGAAGUGGUGGAGUGGAGUGAGAGAGGAAAUGAGAGGAAGGAGGUGGAAGGAGUGAAGAGUGGAGGACAGUGGAGGAGGAAUGGAAUGGAGUGGGAGUGGAAGGAGGAAGGAAGGAGGAGGAAUGGAGUGGAAGGAGGGAUGAGUGGAAGGAAGUAG